AGAAAAAAAAAAAAAAGAUUGGCAACAGUUGUUAGCCCAGGUGCCAAUCUUUAAAAAAAAACACACACACACACAAAACCCAGCUGGAUAUAGAGGAUGAGGGAAACUUCCAAAACAGAGGUUGGCACACCACGCUGCCACCUAUUUUUGUAUGGCUCAUGAGCUAAGAAUGACUUCUACAUUUUUAAAUGAUUGGGGAAAAAAAUCAAAAGAAAGAUGUUUUGUGAUGUGAACGUGUCAUGACGUGUGAAAAUUAUAUGAAAUUAAAGUCUCAGUGUCUAGAAAUAAAGUCUUAUUGGCACACAGCUAUGCUCACUUGUUUACCUAUCAUCCAUGGCUGCUUUCACACUGCAGUGGCAGAGUUGGGUAGUGGCACUAGAGACCAUCUGCCACAAAGCCAAAACCACUCACUGACUGGCUGUUUACAGAUGUUUGCCAGCCCCUUAUCUAAAGAAUUGAUUCAAACAUUCUCCAAAAACAGUUGUUGGCUUUGAAGAUAGGUGCAGCCAUUGGUGCUUUUCUUGGCAGUUUCAUUGCCGAGGAACAGAUUUGCUGAGCGAUUCCCUCGUUUCCUGUACCCUGCUCUAUAAAGAAAGGGGUCUUAUGCUUAGACAGAUGAGGAACGUGUCAUGCUGUAUGCAUAUAUGUGACUUAUUCCUCUCUAGGGGACACCCUACAGAACUCUGUUUAACCUGUCAUCCACAAAUGGGAAAAUAAAAAGUUGCCUGUCAAAUAAUUAUGGGAAACCUGGCAUCCCGUAUCACCCUUCCUGGAGAGUGACAGCGAGAAUGCUGAGAAGCCUCCAGUAGAGAAGUCGGGGUGACUGCUCAUUGAUCUCCCACUUCCCCUUUUUGGGCUCAGCCUUCCAGCCCUCAUCAUCGCCUUCCCCCCACCCUAGAUUGGGAGGGAUGAGGCCUGUGGGCUUUGCACCUUUAAAAGGAGACAGCACCAGCGAGUGUGGAGCUUUUAAAGCCCCUUCCUGGUGGGAGGAGCUACAAGAGGCCAGCUUUCCGAGGGCCAAGAAAGCCCAGGCUGGGGUUUCUCAGAGAGUGCCCCCAGGACCACCUGCCUAGUUCAAACAUCAGACUCCAGGGCCAUCCCAAAAGACUCUGGGCAGCGGGGGCCAGGCACCUGCAUUUAACCAGCUCCCCAAGUGAGGCUGAUGAAAAGAAUCAGAUUCCCCCAUCCUUGCCUCCUUCCAAGAGCUCACGGGUCCUGUCUGACUCCUUCCCCGUCCCUCCCCACCUGGCACGGAUGUCUGUUGAAUGAAUAAUAACAAUAGCAGCUGCCACUUCUUAGUGCUUACUGGGUGCUGGGCUGAUCUCGGCGCAUCUUGACAACAGCCCUCCGAAUCGGGUGCUCUCAUCAUGCCCAGGUGACAGGUGGGGAAACUGAGGCCCAGAGGAAGGUUAGGAAUGUGUUCAUGAAUUAAGAGACAGGCCAGGGUUCAUGUCAAGGUGGGUCUGACACCAGGCAGGCAGGCGCUGAUUGGCUGCAGUGACUUGAGCACCGGACCUGGGCCAGAGUUUGGACCCACUAGUGUGAGGCGGCCCCUCUAAUGCUGGCAGGGAGUAGUUUGAGGAGGGCAGGCGCUGGAGAAGGGUAUUCUCUGUGUGUGCGUGGCAGGCGGCAGAUCCCCUGCUGCCUGAGUCCUGGUGGGGCCAGCUGCCCUGCAGCUCCCGUGCUGCCUGAGUCCCAGUGGGACCAGCCGCCCUCUGCCUUGUGCCCUGCCUGGUGGGAAAGCCCAGGAUGUUCCCAGGAUCUGGGCCAGGCCCAUGCCACCUGCCACUGCCCUGCUUGCCCCGCUCCCCAUAACGACCUGGCCUGGCAGGGAAGGCAGCCCGUGGAGCCCGUGGCUCCUCCCGCCCACCUGCCCAGGCUGCCAAGCACCCAGGGUGCAGACAGCAGCUUGCUUUCCUCUAUACCCAGCAGCCCGAAGCCCUGGGCCCUGGGCGGGAGGCAUGGUCCUGGGUUCAGCCUUGCUACACGGCCUCCCUGGGCGAUGCUGGGAGCCAGGCUGUUUCCCAAGGGCUCACCCUGUGCCCUGCACUCAUCAAGCACGGCCCUUGGAGAUGCCAGACUGGAGCCCUCAGCAGCCCUGCCUCGUGGGCCGCUGUCCUCCCAUGUCACAGACCACGGCGGGGCCUCCCUCCGAGCAAACAGCCCAGAGGUGGCCAAGUUCCAGUCGUGCAUUGGCCCGUCCAGGGCCUGUUCCUCACCUGCCUCGCCCCCUACUGACUGGGACACCUCUUGGAUUUGGCCUCAAAGGGCAGAACCCGGACCCCCUGGGAGGGAGGUCCAGGGGGGCGUGAGGAAUGUGGGCACCACUGUGCUGUACGGCCUGAGGGCUCCCUCGGGCUGCUGGGGGGCUGCCCGCUCCCCAGUUCUGCUGCUCCAGCCAGGGCCUUGGGCAAGCGCGUGGGGCUCAGGUGCCCUCGUCUGAAGAACGGGGAGGAUGCCGUCUGCUGACCGCGAGAAAUAGGAAGAAAAAAAAAAAAGCCUUAUUUAUUAUCAUUUUCCUCACUGUUGGCAUGGCAACACAGGCGUACGUUACUGAGCUGCAGGCAGCCCCGCAGCCGUCCCAGCCACCACAGGCCCAGCCCCAGCCACCGCCACCAUCAGCAGCACCACAGCCUCCCCAGCCGCCCGCCACCACUGCCACCCCCCAGCCCCAGUAUGUCACCGAGCUGCAGAGCCCCCAGCCCCAGGCGCAGCCACCAGGCAGCCAGAAGCAGUAUGUGACGGAGCUCCCAGCUGCCCCCACGCCCUCGCAGCCGGCCGGCGCACCCGCCCCAGCCCCGGUGGCCCAGCAGUACAUCGUGGUCACCGUCUCUGAAGGCACGAUGCGGGCCAGCGAGACAGUGUCAGAGGCCAGCCCCGGCUCCACGGCCAGCCAGACCGGGGUCCCCACGCAGGUGGUUCAGCAGGUGCAGGGCACCCAGCAGCGACUGCUGGUCCAGACAAGCGUGUCGGGCAAGCCGGGCCAUGUGUCACCCCUCCAGCUCACGAACAUCCCUGUGCCCCAGCAGGCUCUCCCCACGCAGCGUCUGGUGGUGCAGGGCACAGCCCCGGGCGGCAAGGGCGGCCAGGUCGGCCAGGUCUCCCUGACGGUGCAUGGCACCCAGCAGGUGCACUCACCCCCUGAGCGGUCGCCGGCGCAGGCCAACAGCUCCUCCAGCAAGACGGCCGGGGCCCCCGCAGGCACGGUGCCGCAGCAGCUGCAGGUCCACGGCGUCCAGCAGAGUGUCCCUGUCACCCAAGAGAGGUCCGUGGUCCAGGCCACUCCACAGGUGCCCAAAGCUGGCCCCGUGCAGCAGAUGACGGUGCAGGGGCUCCAGCCAGUCCACGUGGCUCAAGAGAGCUCAGACAGUCAGUUUCCCGCUAGGAAGGCAGAGCAGCGAGAGCCCCGGCCCACGCCGCCGCCGGAGCCGCCGCCCCGGCCACCCCCGCCCCGGCCCGGGCCGAGCGCGCUGGCCCCGGAGCCGCCGCCCCCGCCCGCCCGCGGCCAGGCCCCGCAGCUAGGCAGCCCCGAGCCGCCGCCGCCCCCUUACGAGCCGGGCGCCGCGCAGUGGGUGGAGCUGGUGGGCGUGCUGCCCCCGCACCUGCUCCUGCCGCAGCAGAAAGUGGUCCUCGAGCCACUGCCCGGGCUCGCGGCCCGAGCCAGCCCCGACCAGAGGGUCAGGAUCCAGAGAGUUCCCCAGGUGCUAGUGUUCAGCACGGCCGCCACGGCCCUCAAAGUGCAGCAGCUCCAGCAGGUGCCCGUUCCACACGUGUACUCCAGCCAGGUGCAGUAUGUGGAGGGCGGCGAUGCCAGCUACACGGCCAACGCCAUCCGCCCCGGCACCUACCCGUACCCCGAGACGCCGCUCUACACACCCGCACCGGGCUCCAGCUACUACGAGGCCGCCGGCACGCCUGCCCAGGUCAGCGCGCCUGCCACCUCGCAGGCGGUGGCCAGCAGCGGCUCCGUGCCCAUGUACGUGUCCGGCAGCCCGGUCGUCGCCAGCGCCACCAGCAGCGGGGCCGGCGCCAGCAACGGCGGCGGCGGAGGCAGCGGCGGCGGGACAGGUGGCGGCGGUGGCGGGGGUGGCGGUAGCAGCGGUGGCGCAGCGGGCACCUACGUGAUCCAGGGCGGCUACAUGCUGGGUGGGGCCAGCCAGUCCUACUCUCACACCACCCGUGCCUCACCAGCCACUGUCCAGUGGCUCCUGGACAACUACGAGACGGCAGAGGGCGUGAGCCUGCCGCGGAGCACGCUCUACUGCCACUACCUGCUGCACUGCCAGGAGCAGAAGCUGGAGCCCGUCAACGCCGCCUCCUUCGGCAAGCUCAUCCGCUCCGUCUUCAUGGGCCUGCGUACCCGCCGCCUCGGCACCAGGGGCAACUCCAAGUACCACUAUUACGGCCUGCGCAUCAAGGCCAGCUCACCCCUGCUGCGGCUCAUGGAGGACCAGCAGCACAUGGCCAUGCGCGGCCAGCCCUUCUCCCAGAAGCAGAGGCUCAAGCCCAUCCAGAAGAUGGAGGGCAUGACCAACGGCGUGGCUGUGGGGCCGCAGCCGGCCAGCGGGCUGUCGGACAUCAGCGCCCAGGUCCAGCAGUACCAGCAGUUCCUGGAUGCCUCGAGGAGCCUCCCCGACUUCUCAGAACUCGACCUCCAGGGCAAGGUGCUGCCUGAGGGCGUGGGGCCCGGGGACAUCAAGGCCUUCCAGGCCCUGUACCGGGAGCACUGUGAGGCCAUCGUGGACGUCAUGGUGAACCUGCAGUUCCCUCUGGUGGAGACGCUCUGGAAAACCUUCUGGCGGUACAACCUCAGCCAGCCCAGCGAGGCACCGCCGCUGGCCGUGCACGACGAGGCCGAGAAGCGGCUGCCCAAGGCCAGCCUGGUGCUCCUCUCCAAGUUCGAGCCCGUGCUGCAGUGGACCAAGCACUGUGACAACGUGCUGUACCAGGGCCUGGUGGAGAUCCUCAUCCCCGACGUGCUGCGGCCCAUCCCCAGUGCCUUGACCCAAGCCAUCCGGAACUUUGCCAAAAGCCUGGAGAGCUGGCUCACCCACGCCAUGGUGAAUAUCCCCGAGGAGAUGCUGCGGGUGAAGGUGGCAGCGGCCGGCGCCUUCGCACAGACGCUGCGGCGCUACACGUCGCUCAACCACCUGGCGCAGGCGGCGCGCGCCGUGCUGCAGAACACGGCGCAGAUCAACCAGAUGCUGAGCGACCUCAACCGCGUGGACUUCGCCAACGUGCAGGAGCAGGCCUCGUGGGUGUGCCGCUGCGAGGACCGCAUGGUGCAGCGGCUGGAGCAGGACUUCAAGGUGACGCUGCAGCAGCAGAACUCCCUGGAGCAGUGGGCGACCUGGCUGGACGGCGUCGUGAGCCAGGUGCUCAAGCCCUACCAGGGCAGCGCCGGCUUCCCCAAGGCCGCCAAGCUCUUCCUCCUCAAGUGGUCCUUCUAUAGCUCCAUGGUGAUCCGGGACCUGACCCUGCGCAGCGCCGCCAGCUUCGGCUCCUUCCACCUCAUCCGGCUGCUGUAUGACGAGUACAUGUACUACCUGAUCGAGCACCGCGUGGCCCAGGCCAAGGGCGAGACCCCCAUCGCCGUCAUGGGCGAGUUCGCCAACCUGGCCACCUCGCUGAACCCCCUGGACCCGGACAAAGACGAGGAGGAGGAAGAGGAGGAGGAGAGCGAGGACGAGUUGCCGCAGGACAUCUCGCUGGCGGCUGGCGGCGACUCGCCCGCGCUGGGCCCCGAGGCCCUGGAGCCGCCGGCCAAGCUGGCGCGCACGGACGCGCGCGGGCUCUUCGUGCAGGCGCUGCCCUCCAGCUAAGCCCGCGGCCUCCCCGCCCCGCCCGCCUCCCUGCCCGCCCCGCCGCCCCUCCACGCCAGGGUCCUUCGCAACUUCUGUGGCUUCGCUGUCACCGAUCCAGCCUCGGCCAGGGCGGGGAGGGGACCUCCGAGACAGGGAAGGCUCCGAGAUGGGGCCGGCACACUCACAGGGCCGGGCGGAGCCGCAGCUGCAAACUCUGACACAAAAGACGUGCCUUAAGGAACCCGCCGCCGUGCCCAGGUGCCCCUUGGGGCAGCCAGGUCGGCCCCUCGGCCCCAAGCCCGCAGCAUCUCCCUUCCCCAGCCGCCUUCCCGCCACCCCCGGGGGCAGGCAGGCAGGCCCCCUCCCCCGCGGAACUGUUAACUUAUUCAGCUCGCUGGCUUUGCACAGCCUGCCCUGGGCCCAGCCCUGAGCCCCAGGUGGGCGCCGGCGGGCAUCACCUGGUGACCCCCCCCCUCCCCACUGUCAGCAGCAGCCCCCGGGACCCCUCCUUCGACAACCCCACCGCUUCUCCCUCCUCCGUUUAAGUGCAAUUAAAGCCGUGGGUGUCGCAUCUUCUCGGAGCUGGGCCCUCCCUCGCCCUGCAGCCCUGGACGGGGCACCGCCGGCCUGGCUGCGGGGAGGGCAGCGGGGCCGCCGCCUCCAGCUUCCAAAGAGCGGCGGGCGGGCGGGUGCCGGAGCCCAGGGCCCUGCUGCGGGCGGCGGGCGGCGGGCUGCGCCUGCCCGCGGGGCUGGGGGCUCCGCGCGCUCAGACCCAAGACCCCCGCGUCCCGGGCCCUCCCCGCUGCUGGUUUGUGAUGGAACCUCCUCGCUCCUCCCCUUCGCGGAGACCCCGCUUCUCCUCCGUGCUGUGCGCCCCUGCCCCCCAUGACUAUUGUGCGAUUUGUGAGCGCCGCCCAGCGGAGUCGGUAACUUGUUGGGUUUCUUUCCAACCAUCAUGGCCUUAUCUGUUCCGGUUUUCUCAGUGUUUUCAACCUGUGAGAUGUUUAUGGCAAAAAAGAAAAAAAAAAAUCUGACCUAUUGUAUAAAAAUCACUAUUUUGCGUGCUCCGCGUGCUACAGCUUUUGGGGUGGCCCAUCCACCCCCCUCCCUGCCCUCGGGGUUCCCCUCUCCCGGCGGUGAAAGUGUCCACGCGUGUGGUAGUCUAGUGUGCCGAGCUGUUUUCUACCUUUUUGUAGUCUUUCUUAAAACACAAUAAAUUCUGCUGUGAUA